GUAUUUGAUAAAAAGCAAAUAAAUAAAUUAUAAAGCUUGAUUUUUUCAUGAAAAAGUAUGCGCUAUAAAAAGCUUUCAUAUUGUCGCAACGCCAACAACAACACCAACAAAACUGAACAGCAGCAACAUUGUAUGACGCCAAAGUCGAGUGUGCCAACGCCGGUGGGACGCAGUAAAGGAAAUUAAUUGCAAUUUGCCGACAAGAUUUGUGCAAUAAUUGUGAUGCCAGCCACUGCUUGUGUGUGUGUGCGCGCGUCUGUGUCUGUUAUUGUUGCUGAAAAUAAACCAAUUUGUAAUUCUAAUGCGGCUAAAUUGCUAAGGCAUUGACUAAAGUGUUUUACAAUUAUACAACAAAACGAAAAAAAGAAAAUAAAAAAACAAAAAAUUUCCGCUAAGUGGCUCAAUAAUUGCAUAUUAUCUAAUACAAGUUUAUACGCCCGCGUCACUCGCCAUACGCCAGAAAGACCGUACUUAGAAUUCAAGCCACUCAGUGUUGCGGUGUUUGCGCCUUAAUUAACAGUUAAUUGAAUUACAAAGUGAAAUUAAAUAAUUCUUUUUUUUCUGCAAAUCUAUAGAAAAAUGAUAUCAAUAUUACAAAGUGCAAUAUAUUGCAUAAAAAAUAAUUAAAAAAUUAUUAAUAUAAAUUGCACAUUGUAUGUUGUCGCCGUCGCAUAUGUACAUACAUACAGUCAUACAUACAGACAUUUGUUCUAGCAGUGCAUACAAUAUAAAUAAACUUUGUACUACAUUUGGUGCUAAGAAAUUAGAGCAGACAAACAAACUAGUCUAGUCUAGAAAAAAAAAAAUAUUAACACUGUGCAAGUGUUUAUAAAGUGCACGACAAAAUGUUGAAAAUAUUCAAGAGCAAAAAAGACAAAUUACCAAAAUCGGAAAUCAUCACCUGUGAACCGCAGGUGACGAAAGAGCCGCGUACAAAAUGCGGCAAGCCGUUGGUGUUGGACAAUACACGAUGGGAGAGAAGAUUACAUAAAGAGUUGAUGUCGCUGAUAAAAGAGCCACCACCGGGCGUUACCGUUGAUACCGAUAAUAUAGGACAAAAUUUAUCAGAAUGGAAAAUAAAUAUAGCCGGUUUCGAGGGUACUCUAUAUGAGGGUGAACACUUUCAGCUACUUUUCAAAUUCAACAAUAAAUAUCCCUUCGACUCGCCAGAGGUGACGUUUAUUGGCAAUAAUAUCCCCGUGCAUCCGCACGUCUACUCCAAUGGACAUAUCUGCCUUUCUAUAUUAACAGAAGAUUGGUCGCCAGCGCUAUCAGUACAAUCUGUCUGUCUUAGCAUAGCAUCGAUGUUGAGCAGUUGCCGCGAAAAGAAACGUCCACCAGAUAAUACAUUAUACGUAAAGACCUGUAAUAAGAAUCCGAAAAAGACUAAAUGGUGGUAUCAUGACGAUUCGGUCUAGUGGAAGUCGUUUACCGCCAUCGAUCGGUAUACAUAUAAGCUGUUCGCUGUAAUGACAAACUCAUUGCUGGUACUUAGAAUGGAACUACAACAACAAAUUACGCAAAUAUACACUGAGAGUAAAUUGUCUGUGAAAAAAAUACGCCGACAUAUAAAACUCAAACGUAAACGUGCAGCCACAAACAAAUAUACAUAACAAAAAUGAAAAAAAAAUAUAUAUAUAUAUAAUAAUAAUAAUAAAUAAUAAAGAAGAACAAAAACAAAAAACAAUACAAUCAAUUUUAGUUCGCAAAAAAAAAGCAGAAAUAAGAAAAUAAAAAUAAUAGCCAACUAGAGAAUAAAUAAAUAAAAGUAAUAACAAUCAAUCAACAACAACAAAACGAUCGUUUGGCGGUGCUGGAACGUUUGUGCGCGUGAGACGUGAAGUUUUCGAAUGUGAUUAUGCGCAGACGUACGUACAUAGCGUAAGCGUGUGGCAAGCAGUAAUAACGUAUUUUUAAAUUUACAUAUAUACAUACAUACAUACAUGCAUACAUAUAUAUUUUAAUUAUUACAUAAUUUUACCUGUACUAUCUUAUUGACAAGCCAACUGAAAGAAAAAGAAAAAAAGGAAAAAAACAAAUAAUACAUAAGAAUUACAUACAAACAUAAAGCAUAAGCAGCCAAACUUUUGAGACGCGAAAAUUCACCCACACACACCUACAUAUGAGUGUCACCUAAAUAGGCAUACAUACAUUAAAAAUAAAAACAUGUAACAAUUAUUAUUAUGUAUAUGAAACAAAUUACAAUAACAACAUAAAAUGGAAAAAGUGACUAAAUUUUUGGAAAAUAAAUGAAAAAGAAAUUUAAAAUUCAUAAAUUAUAAUUAUGACACAUAUUAAACGUGUGUAUUGAAUACUUAGACUAAAGGUAGUGAAAAGACAAAAUUAUUUACUUUUUUUUCGCUUAAUACCUACUUGGAGAAUAAAUUUGUGAAAGCAAAAAAAAAAAAAAUUUUAUUUGAUUGAUUUUUUGUAGCUUUUUAUAAAGAAAUUUUGUAAACAUUUUGCUGUUAUUUGAUUUCAUAUAUUUUUCCUUUAACUUUUUGUUGUUAUAUUUUUGUAAUUUUUUGUCUUGUUUGUUUAUAUAUAUAUGUAUAUUUUUUUUUGCUUGUUCUAAUUUAAACAAAGGUAUUAAUGGUAGCUUAAAAGUAAUAAAAAAUAUACAAUACACAUACAUAGUUACAUACUUUGCAAUCAAUAAAUAUUAAUGAAAAUAUUGCAAAUCAAUUGCAUCGAAAGCAAAAGAAAUAUUUAGUUUUUUCUGAAACAAAAAAAAAAAAAUAAAUUAAAAAUGUCUUCUGCGAUCUGCUUAAAUUUUUUUAACGUAACAAUCGGUUUUAUUGGGAAAUUCAUGUGGAAAUUUUGUUAGAGCACAAAAAAAAUAUCGAAAUCUAUUUUUGUUUUAUGUACGUUAAAAAUGUUCACCCAAAUUUGUUCACUUGGAAUACCCAAAUACAGUCUUAAUAUUUUUAGCAUUGAGAAUUCAGAAAAACAAAAAAAAUUUACAAACCAACAUCUAAAUUCAAUACAAAAUUAUGCUUAAACGAGCAAAAUCAUGUAUUUCUUUAAAUUCAAUUUACCGCUAACAACCCCCGCGCCUUAGCUUUGUGUGUGCUUUGCAAUAAUGUAUUUAAAUAUGUAUGUAUUUACAAAAUUGUACUGUAAAAAAAAAAAAAUUGUACACUGAUUUAUUUGUCUGUUUAUUUCUGU